AUGCAGCUCUCCAAUCUCGUCCAGUAUGUUCUCAUGGCCUUCCUCAUCUGCAACGCCACGGCCUCGCCCUUCCUCACCGUCCAUCCGGGGACCGCAAAGGAUCUUGUUAUCAGCAAAUCCGACACGGUCAAUGCGACGGCACCGGCACCAGUGGUAGAGCUUGCACCCCGGGCAGCCAACGUGAGGGAGCUCAGGGCGAGGAUGGGCAGGCGGAGGUUCGGCAAAUUCGGGAACAAGACUUCUGGAAAACUGCCCCUCUCCAUCGUCAACAAUCUGCCCGGAAGCCACUCGUUGAACGUGUAUGUCACUGGUCUCGAUAGUAGCAGUCGCCUGGUGAUGCUGCGCCCGAAUGGAAAAUUCUUUUAUCCCACCGUCAACGAGACCGCAACGACGCCGCAGCCCAUCAAGGAGCGCACGAACAUCCGCAUCGGACGCUACGGCACCACCACCAACAUCACGAUCCCAGACUGGAUCUCCUCCGCGCGCGUCUGGGUCGCCGACGGCGAGCUGAAAUUCUUCACGGUAUAUGUCGCUGGUAACACCGGCCCAUCUCUCGUCGAACCUUCCGCCGUCAACCCCUCGGACCCGAGCGCUGACGUCAACUGGGGCUUUGUCGAACUGACGAACACCAAGGAGAAUGGCUUGUUCGCGAACAUCAGCUACGUCGACUUUGUCGGACUGGUUCUCGGCAUGAGCCUCGUCAGCAGAGGCGGACCCGUGCAAACAGCAGAGGGCUUGAGUGCGAAUGCGGUUUCGGUCAUCUGCGAUGCUUUGGCAGCACAGGCGGAGCAGGACGGACAGCCUUGGGGGAAUCUGUGUCUGGCGAACUCGGCUGGCACACCGCUGCGCGUGAUCUCGCCGAACGACUUUAUCUCCAUCAGCCCGAAUGCCUUUCAAGAUUACUGGUCCAGUUACGUCGACGAAAUGUGGACGUACUACGCCAAGAACAACCUCACUAUCAACACGCAGUCCAGCGCAGGCAACGUCAACUGCUCCGUCAGCAACGGUACGCUCUACUGCGCAGGUGACAACCGUGGGUACGCGCAGCCGACGGCAGGAGACAUCUUCGGUUGCAACAGCGGCCCGUUCCAGAUCCUUUCGACCGACAACCUCGUCCACAAGGCGGUCGUACCGCGCCUGUGUGCUGCUUUCACGCGCACAACGCUCAUGCUGAAUGGUGGCCAAGUGCAGCCGGCGCUGAAUUCGACGAACUACUACACCACCGAACCCACCAGCUAUUACAGCAAGUUCGUUCACGAGAACGAGAUGGACGGCAAGGGGUACGCGUUCUCGUAUGACGACGUUACGCCUGAUACCGCUAUCAAUCAAGCUGGAGUGGUGGCUGAUCCACGCCCGGAGCUCUUGACGAUCGUAGUCGGAGGGCCGCUGUCGGAAUCAUCGGUGCGGAGUUCGAAUUCAGUCGUCAGCAGGGUUGGAGGAUAG